GGUACUGGAUUCUGGCCUACGUUUGAUUAAAUGUCAAUACACCAGGUACUGCAAGCACCGAAUGGCCUAAAGCCUCUAAGCGAGUACAUGCCUUCUCCAUCAUUUGGUUUAGGCCAUGAUCCAAGACGUGAAUCUACUCCCAAAGUUGCAGAGUUUUCUUCUCUAGAAAUUAAAUCUUGCAGAUCCAAAUUACACAAAUCUUGAAGUAUAAUUUUUGCAAUUUGUGUGACUCCACAAACUCAACCUUUUCAUUGUAUAGGUUAUUUGCAUUUUCAUAUAGCCAUUGGCUUGCGAUCCUACCUAAGGAUGUACAUUGGCCGCAGCUUAUCCAACUUCAUGAGCACGAGGAUCCGACCACAUUUGAUAUGUGCGGUUCUGUAAUGGACUUUAUGCCAAUUCAGUAACCAUAACUACAUCCUAUAGAGAUUUUUAGGAUUUACCAGAAUCACAUCUGCUUCUCGAUUUUGCAAUUUUGCAAUGGAUUUUGAUCCGCUUUAAUAGCCAUAAUUUUUGCUUGGUAAGGAUUUUCGUUCACUACUCCCGGAAAAUUUCUGAGAG